CUCCAAUAGCUGCAAUUGGUGGUAUUUAACCAAGCGAUCGCCCAGCAGGAGGCACAAGAUCAAACAUCAUGUCGACCGAGGCUGUGCUUAUCAUCGGCGGCGGCACCUGGGGCUGCAGCACCGCGCUCCAGCUCGCACGCAACGGCUACACAAAUGUCACUGUGUUUGACCAGAGCCCGAUCCCCUCACCCAUAUCGGCCGGAAAUGAUGUGAACAAAAUUAUGGAAGAGGGCUGGCCCUCGGAAUCGGAUACUGAUGAACAAUACGUCUGGAAUAGAAUGCACCAACUGGCAACAGACGCCUGGAAAAAUGACCCUGUUUAUCGCCCCUUCUACCAUCCCACUGGCUUCAUCAUGGCCGCAUCUCAGGGGACCGCCCAGCACGAGGUUAUCGACGAGUACAUCCGCACCUGCAAGGACAAGCUGCGCCUACUAAACACCCCGGAGGAGUUCCGAGCCACCAUGCCCAAGGGUGUCCUGACUGGAGACUUUCCUAACUGGAAGGGCUUUUUCCGGGAAUCAGGUGCAGGAUGGGUAUUUGCGAGGGGUGCUCUGGAGGCAGCAUAUCGCGAGGCGUCGCGGCUAGGAGUCAAGUUUGUUGUUGGAUCAGCCACCGGGAGUGUUAAGCGGCUUCUCUACUCAGAUGACUGGGACGAUGUGGUUGGAAUUCAGACUGCGGAUGGACAGAAGCAUAGAGCAGACCGCGUUAUCCUGUGUGCCGGCGCCAACAGCGACCAGCUGCUGGAUUUUAAGCGACAGCUGCGACCGACGGCCUGGACAUUGGCUCACAUUGACAUGACAGAGGAAGAAAGGAAGCUGUGGAAAAACCUUCCUGUGCUAUUCAACCCCAAUCGUGGAUUCUUCAUCGAACCUGACGCCGAGAACGGCCAACUGAAAGUCGUCGACGAGCAUCCUGGGUACUGCAAUUUUGUUUAUGACACAGAUACCGGCAUCGAGAAAUCCAUUCCCUUCGCAAAACACCAAAUCCCCGUGCAAUCUGAGCGCAGUGCAAGGCAAUUCCUGCGCGAAGUCGUCCCUCACAUCGCCGAUCGCCCGCUCGCCUUUGCACGGAUCUGCUGGGAUGCAGACACUCCGGAUAGACAAUUCCUAAUUGCCCAGCACCCGCAGUACAAGUCGCUUGUUGUUGCUGUUGGCGGGUCUGGGAAUGGGUUUAUGAUGAUGCCCGCCGUCGGGAUUGCCAUCCAUCAGACGCUGGAGGGGGUGCUUGAGCCGAGAUUGAAGCAUGGGUUUAGAUGGAGACCUGAGACUGCGGUGGGCAGGGACUGGCGCGAUACGCAGCACCGGUAUGGUGGUGAUGGCACUGUACGGGACUUUCAGAAGGUGGAUGCCUGGACUCGAAUCGGAGCGAGCAGUUUGUAGCUAGACGGGUGUUUAAAAACCACUACAACGUAGUUUUACCUAAGAGUAUGGCGUACGUAAGGUUAAAUCGUUCAGCUAUCUCUUCGGUCUAUGACAAGAGGCGCUAGACCGCUACACCAAGCACCCUGCAAGGCUGGUGGCUAGCCAGCUAUCCUCAACAUUUUAUGCACUCCAGCAUCGCUGAACAUACCGUUAGACAUUCAAACCAAGCUUG